UGCCAACUGGACGGAAAUUAUCGAUACCUGGGACUUUUGGACAACAGCUCAGUGGAAAAUACGUGUAAUAUUUACAAAACCUCGAUUUUGUAGUGCAUCCAGCGAUAUGGAGACUCCGACCGCAGACGAUUUGCUACAGUUUCGCGACUAUAGCACCACAAGCGCAACUAACAGCGGCACACCAGCGCAAAUCAAUGUGAAUUCGCCAACGCAUGCAUCAGGCGGCGGCGGUGGUGGCAUUGGUAGUGGAUUCGGUGCACAACGUCAGCGCGGUGAUCCUCUGGCCGAUCUAAUCUACGACAUGAGCACUUCCGCACAGGCCAUGGCUGGCGGUGGCGCCACCAAUGCCCAGAACUCGCCCCUUGAUGCAUCUGGCGGUGGUGGCGGUGGCGGCUCUGGCGCACGCCUCUCCUUCCUGACCAUCGAGUACUAUCAGCAGUUCUUCAACGUGGACACUUACAUGGUGCUGGAGCGCAUUGCCAACUCGAUGAUACCCAAGCGGGCGGCUGGCAAUUAUCUACGCAUGAACAUUGGCGAAAAUCCCGAUCUCUAUGGCCCCUUCUGGAUAACCGUCACGCUGAUCUUCUCGAUUGCCAUCAGCGGCAACAUAGCCAGCUACUUGCAUCAUGCCAGCGAUGGCUACCACUGGCACUACAACUUCCAUCUGGUCUCGUACGCGGCCACGUGCAUCUUCCUGUAUGCCAACAUCUUGCCGGCCAUACUCUGGGCCCUCUUCAAGUACAGCCUGAAGCCCGUCGAUGAUGCCGAUGCCGUCGAAACGGAUAGCGCCACCUACACACCCACCCUGCUGUCGCUGAUGUGCAUCUACGGCUACAGCCUGGCCAUCUACAUACCCGUCUCCAUUCUCUGGGUGAUAAAUAUCUCCCUGCUCCAGUGGCUGCUAGUCAUCACCGCUGCCCUGUUGUCGGGCACCGUUCUGAUUGCCGUACUGACGCCAGCCCUGCGCAACUCCCAGUUCUCGCUGUUCCUCAUCAUUGGGAUACUCAGUGCACACGUUGUGUUGGCUGCCGGAUUUAUGCUGUACUUCUUUCACAAUCCCCCCGACUCGCCGGUGGCUAUGCCCAUGCCCACAGCUGCACCGGCUCCGUCUGUCAUCAAGGCCGUUACCCAGGCCGGCAAGGCCGUGCUGGCGGGCAACCAGACCCGCUAAGAUCCAUUCCACAAAAUCCUAAAAAGUCGCCGUCACCUUAUGACAUUUGUUGUAAACUAAGAUUGUGUCUUUACCAUACUGGACGUUGUGCAAGUUGAAAUAUCUGGAUCAGGCCCAGCCAGCACUCUC